CAAUCCCUUCCGAAGCUAUCGCUUUUUUUAGAACAACGGGUCGACUUGCUUCUUACCCCUCGAAGCGCGCCACUUGCGGAGCAUGGCAACCUAAAGUGUGGCGGGUGUGGCUAGUCACAGGUCACGCACAAUGCGGAGGAUUUAUGGCAAUGUCUUUGUGGAGCGUGACGCCCAGCAUUUCGUGCUUUCUAUUCACUCUCAUCUGUUGGUCCUUGGAGAUCUGUAUGCAGUUCUCCCAGAACCCUUAUCGAUUAAGUAUUUUACAUGUGGAAGCUGCACUAGUUCCACACCCAAAAUCCUCGCCCAAAAACCCGAGAUGCUAUCCCUGUGUGCAAAGUGGAAUCUGGGCAUCCAUCAGCCGUGAAAUAUUCGUCCGUAAUGUUUCCUCCCAACGCCAUUCCAUACUUAAAAUUCCACCCUGCCUGUUGUGUAGAUGCUGUCUUUCUCCUCCUGAUGUCGAUGAUAUAAAAAUUACAAGUGGGUAUAAAGCUCAGUAGUGCGAAUAUAUGCAGUGAAGAACGAUACUUUUAGUGGGUGUACCGAGGGUCCAAGCGAUCAUUUAGAUGAAGGUCG